GUACUGAUAAAGCUCGAACAGGACUAAAACGAUGGACGAGGACCUCUCUUCGCUCUCAGCAUCCAACCACUCGCCAUUACGAGAGAGAACAGCUCUCCACCGACUCUCUCUUCUUCAGUUCUUCUCCACUUGAGCCUUUUUCCUCAGAACAAUGGACCAGAUUCAGCACAGGUACCUCCAACUCAACGGCCUGAACCUCCAUGUCGCCGAGAUCGGGACCGGCCAAUCAGUCGUCCUGUUCCUGCACGGCUUCCCGGAGAUAUGGUACUCAUGGCGCCACCAGAUGAUCGCCAUCGCCGCCGCCGGUUACAGAGCGAUCGCGCCCGAUUUCAGAGGGUACGGGCUGUCCGACCCGCCGCCGGAGCCCGAGAAGUUUUCCUUCGCCGAAACUAUCGCCGACAUUCUCGCAAUCCUCGAUGACCUCAACAUUCCGAAGGUUGUUCUUGUUGCUAAAGAUUUUGGAGCUCGGCCUGCAUAUUUCUUUGCCCUUCUCCAUCCAGAGCGAGUCUCAGGAAUCAUAACACUGGGCGUUCCAUUUGUGCCCCCCGGCCCCUAUACUUACGAUAAAGUCCUUCCUGAAGGUUUCUAUAUCUCGCGUUGGCGGGAACCUGGAAGAGCAGAAGCUGAUUUUGGCCGGUUUGAUGCUAAAACAGUUGUCCGGAACAUCUACAUUCUCUUCUCCAAAAGUGAAAUACCAAUAGCUGCAGAAAACCAAGAGAUCAUGGAUCUGGUGGAAUCAUCCACUCCUCUACCCCCUUGGUUUACAGAGGAAGAUCUUGAAAACUAUGGAGCUUUGUACAAGAACUCUGGAUUCCAAGCUGCUCUGCAAGUUCCUUACAGGUCUUUCCAGGAAGAGUUCAACUUCCCAAGUACAAAAGUCGAAGCUCCGGCAUUGCUGAUAAUGGGGGAGAAGGAUUAUGUUAUUAAAUUUCCAGGAAUGGAGGAUUUUAUAAGGAGCGGGCAGGUGAAAGCCUUCGUCCCAAAUCUGGAGAUAACAUACUUGCCUGAAGGAACCCAUUUCGUUCAGGAGCAGUCUCCUGAUCAGGUGAACCAGCUGAUCCUCAGCUUCCUCAACAGCAACCGUGGAUGAUGAUUCAACCGGCAUGAUUUCAGAAAAGCUUCAUGUAACUAAGGCUGUGUCGCGUGAUUGCAGCUGAAUGACACUCGACUUGUUUCUAAGUGGCAUUAAUAUGGUAAUUA